AGGCAGCCAACCAUACAAAAAGAAGAACUUUACAUCCUUCUUGUCAUUUUGAAAGACUGUAAAACCAGAGUCAAAUCUUCAUCAUCUCACAGGAAGCCAAGAACGUACUUGUUCAGGACCUUGAACAAUGAAUUCAUAAAGACUCUCAAAGGCCCAGAAACAAAGUCUGUGCAGACAAAAUCCUUUGGAAGCAGAGUGUUGAACAUUAACUCAGCAGCUUGGGGUCACUUAGAAAUCCUUGGUUAGAACCACAAGAACCCUCUGUCUUUAAUAGAAAAGUAAAUACAGAAGCCAUUGUUCCUGACCAGUUCCUGAUGGAGAUUUCAGCUACCACAGAAGACUACUAUACAACCACAGAAUUUGACUAUGGGGACUCCACCCCAUGUCAAAAGGCUGCUGUAAGAGCCUUAGGGGCUGGACUCCUCCCCCCCCUGUACUCCCUGGUAUUUAUCAUUGGAGUGAUAGGCAAUGUUCUGGUCGUUCUGGUGCUCAUGCAGUACAGGAGGCUUCGAAGCAUGACCAGCAUCUACCUGUUCAACCUGGCCAUCUCUGAUCUGGUCUUCCUUUUCACUUUGCCUUUCUGGAUUGACUACAAGCUGAAAGACAACUGGGUUUUUGGUGAUGCCAUGUGUAAGAUCCUCUCUGGGUUUUAUUACCUGGGCUUAUACAGUGAGAUAUUCUUUAUCAUUCUGCUGACAGUUGACAGGUACCUGGCCAUUGUCCAUGCUGUGUUUGCCCUUCAGGCCAGGACUGUCACUUUUGGCAUUAUCACCAGUAUCAUAACCUGGGUCCUAGCCAUCUUGGCCUCCAUUCCUGGCUUAUACUUUUUCAAAGUCCAGUGGGAGGCCACUCACCAUACCUGUAGCCCUCAUUUCCCCUAUGAGAGCCUGAAGCAGUGGAAGCGGUUUCAGGCUCUGAAACUGAACCUCCUUGGGCUAAUUUUGCCUCUGCUAGUCAUGAUAAUCUGCUACACAGGGAUCAUCAGCAUUCUGCAAAGACGACCCAGUGAGAAGAAGGCCAAAGCCGUGCGCCUGAUAUUUGCUAUCACGCUUCUUUUCUUCCUCCUCUGGACCCCCUAUAAUUUGACUGUAUUUGUUUCUGCUUUCCAAGAUGUUCUGUUCACCAAUCCAUGUGAGCAGAGCAAACAGCUGGACCUGGCCAUGCAGGUGACCGAGGUGAUUGCCUACACUCACUGCUGUGUCAACCCAGUCAUUUAUGUCUUUGUGGGUGAGCGGUUCCGGAAGUACCUCCGGCAACUGUUUCAAAGACAUAUGGCUGUACCCCUGGCAAAAUGGCUGCCCUCCCAUUUUGUGGACCAACCAGAAAGGGCCAGUUCCAUAUCUCCAUCCACAGGAGAGCAUGAGCUCUCUGCUGGCUUCUGA